AGUUCACACCUCUCAGGAUCAAACAUGGGAACCCACAAACUGGAAAUGGCUUUUAUUUUUGUUGUGACCUACUUGUGCUUCAUGGCUCCUGUCCAUCAAGCAGCGCUUCAAAACGUCACCAUCUCUGAUCUCUCCUACAAGAACAUAGAUUUUGCCAUGAACCUUUACAGAAAAAUAUCCAGUUAUCACGACAAGAACGUUUUUUUCUCGCCUCUCAGUAUCUCCACCAGUUUCGCAGCUCUGCUGAUGGCUUCUGGUGGUGAAACGCACCAGGAGAUCCUGAAGGGAUUGAACCUGGACCAGCUGCAAGUGGCCGACCAGCCAGAACUCAUCCCGAGACUUUUUCAACUUCUUCAGGAGACCAUUGCGCAGAACGGCUCUCUGAAAGUGGAGCAAAGCAUGGCCCUUUUUAUCCGUCAGCAGUUCGAGGUCGAUAAAGAGUUUGAGGACAAAAUGAGGACAUUUUUCCAUGCAGACGUUAAAACUGUAGACUUUGCAGACACGGUGGAAAGUGUCAUUUACAUAAAUGACUACAUCAGACAGAAGACUGAGGAUAAAAUUGUAGACAUGAUUUCUACUCUUGAUGAAUCGACUCAGCUCCUGCUGAUCAACAGUAUUUUCUUCAGAGGAGCCUGGCAGAUCCCUUUUGAUGCCGAUUUGACCAGAGAUAGAGCCUUUUACAUUGACAAUUACAAUAUAAUGCAAGUGCCCAUGAUGUUAAAGGAGGAUAAGUUCUACACUAUGGAGGACAUUCUUCUUGGAGUUAAAGUGCUCAAACUGCCAUACCAGCAAGGGGUUUCCAUGCUCAUCGUGCUACCCAACAAAGGCAUUGACUACACAGUGAUUGAUGAUGAAAUCACUGCUGAGAAGUUCCUGAGUUGGGUCAAACUGCUGCGCAAAACAAGACUUGAAGUCAGCAUGCCUAAAAUCAAGAUGGAGCAGGAGUAUUCCCUACACAAUAUUCUGCCAGGAAUGGGCAUGACCAGCCUGUUUGACACCUCGGCAAAUCUUACAAGGCUCAGCAAGGACAGUGGCCUCAAACUGUCAGAGGUGCUGCACAAAGCUGUGGUUGAGGUGGAUGAGACGGGAACAACUGCAGCUGCUAGCACCACCAUCGGUAUCAUUCCCUACUCUCUGCCCAAGAUGUUCACCAUCAACAGACCUUUCUUCUUCUUCAUAUACCACGAGGACACAAACUGCGUCUUGUUCAUGGGGAGAGUCAUUGACCCCUCUAAAAAAUAGUUGUUUUUCAUGCAUCAGUUUAAUCUCUAGUAGCCUGUGGAUAUUGCUUGCUCUUUGGUCAGCCUUUUGUGAUGCUUUUUC